GGUAUGUCUGGUGUGACAAUAAUAAAUCUCCUGUUUAUGGACUAAAAGAUGUUUAUAAUAACCUCAACAGAGAAUAAGAUGCAAUUCAAGUCAACAGUCCUUGUAUUCCUUCUUGCGGCAGCUUCAGCUGCUUACGCCAAAGAAUCAUGCCCUGAGAACCAAAAAUGGAAUAACUGUGGCACUGCCUGUCCUCCUACUUGCAACUCCCAGUCUAACGAAAUUUGUACAAUGGAAUGUGUUCCGGGCUGUCAGUGUAUAGAUGGCUAUGUGCUGAAUGCCGAUGACCAAUGUAUUCUCGAGAGCGAAUGCUGAAUU